AUGGGCCGUCGAUUUAAACGCCUCAGACACCUCUCACAACAAGUUGUGAAAAUCACGAGGCGUGUGUUUACUAUGUGCCGCUGCGGUCAAGUCACAGAAGGGAUCAAGGAGGAAAUCGUCCCAGUGGCGUCGGUGCUGAAUGGUAGAGUCACCAGCCCAAACCAUGGGGCACCAUGCCGGAAAACCUCAGCCUGCCUUGAGGACCGGCACACACCAUCAAGAUGUCAACGGAAAAGCUGUAGCCACAAACAGAGGUCAGGGGGGACGGGAGGCGAGGUUGUUCCAGAAGAUAAGGUCGAGGUCCCCGCACAUAAAAUCAUUCACGUAGCACCUUACCGAAGAAAGCUACCAAUUCCUCCAGGUCAAGGUGACGUAGUCCAUGAGGAAGAGGAAGAGCCACCACCAAGAACGGAGACCAGGCUGUAUUUCCAAGCGACAGAUGCAUGGGCCAAUCUUCUACCCAUGGAUGUACAUGUGAGGCAAGAAAUUCAAUGCAGUAACUUCGGUGAGAUUGAAAUUGUUAGCCGUGAACACAGAAGCAAAGAACUGUUUAUUAUGAAAAGCAUCAGGGGCGGCACCGGAUUACGAGAAGCAAACUUACUGAUCAAGUGCCAGUCUCAGUUUGUGGUCAAGUUGCUUGCGUGUUACACAACAAGCAGCAUCACAUACCUGUAUAUGCCAUUUUACAGGCUGAGAGAUGUCCAGUACUGGAUUUUCUUGGACAAGAACCGUAGAUUAUUCACAGAGCAGAUGGCCGGUUGGAUAAUGAUUCAUCUGCUACUGUCUAUUCAGUAUAUCCAUGAUCGGAAUAUCCUUCAUUUGGACAUCAAGCCUAGCAACAUCUUCAUAGAUGACAAUGGCUACCCCAUUUUGGGUGAUUUUGGAGGGGCAAUAACCGCCGGACCAGACGCUCAUGGGUACUGUUUUACGACGAAUUAUGCUAGUCCUGAGGUACUGAGGUUCAGGCCCGUGGACAAGAUGGCGGAUCUGUGGUCCGCUGCCGCGACCUACUUUUCCCUAAUCUCCAGACAACUUCCAAUCAUUGCGGGUGAGUUCGAGGAAGGAUGGCCAGUCAAGAUUAUCUUCGAUACUAGUUCUCUUUCGCCAGUCGCUGCAAACUUCGUGAAAGCACAAGUGAAGGUGGAGAAAACCAAGAGGCUGGGUUUCCACAAUGGAAUCAACGAUUUGUUGAGACACCCUGUCUUUGCCGGCACAAAUUGGGGUCUGAUCAACAGACGGUUCUAUGGAAGAAAAUCGUGGUUGUUUUACCGGCUCGUGGAGCUGAGACUAAUACAACAUUCUGCGUUUUAG